AUGGAGUUCAUCGCCCACCUGCGACGUUUGCAGGCCGAGGAGUCAGAUUCCGAUGAGGAAUCUGGUAGGAUUCUCACCUCCUCUACCUUCCCGUCCGUCCGCCGCCGGUGUCCGGCUUCCAAGCCGGCUCCUAUUGCUACCGUCACCAUCACCAGCGAGACAUGUGGGACCAAGGCUCCCACGAUUAAGCCUUCCUCCCCCACUGCCGACGACAAACCCACGCCAGUGACCAAUGGCACCAAUGGCCUUAAGAAGAGAGCCCGGGACGACGAUCCUGAUACCGGGAGCCCCGAACGGGCGGCCAAAAAAGUCAAAUCCUCAGCCAUCCCAGGGCCGAUGAAAGGAGGCACCUCCGCAUCAUCGUCGGCCCCAGUCCUGUCCGCACCCAUCAAACACAGCAAGCCCAUCGAGCAGAUGGAAUACUUUGAGCGUCGAGUGCACGACAUGUUGACCAACCCGCUCGACUUUGAUGACUGUGUCUACGACAGCACCAAACCCCCGUCUCGCAACACGGUGCGGAGCUUUGCCCGUUACCGUCGGCUCCAGUCGAAGUCCCCGCUCCCGUUGGUCAUGUCUGGCGCGCUGGGCCCGACCCCCUUGGCGAAGCCAGCCCCCGCCGCUCCCAUUACUAAGUCGAAGGGGUCGCCUGGAAGCACAUUGGCCAAGAAGGCGCAGAGGAAGGCGCACAAUCAGAAGGUCCAGAAGAGGGUGGAGGAUAUUAGGGCAAUGGAAAAGGUCAAGGCCAACGGCACUCCAAAAGCCUAUACCAAUGGCAAUACUGACGGCAAACUCACCGAUAAUGCCGUUCAGGAUAAUGGGAAUGGACUUGGCAGAAAGGCAAAGAGUUCGGGUCACUCGAUGGCGCACAAAAAAGGGAAGAUGGCAGACGUGGACGGGGCCCAGAGCAAGUCAUCGGGCGUGAAAAAGCGCAAGGAGAAACGGUGGUUGACCAACUCCCGGGGAGCGGGUGGUUAUGGUGGUAGCCGUCCGUCGAACAGCACGAAGAAAGUGAACAAGAGGGUUUGA